AUGGCAACCUCAAGUCCAUUCAACUACAACAGCUUGUAUUCCCAGUUAUCCGUGCCCGUGGUGCGAGGCGAGAAUCGGCACGCCAAGUAUGACUUUGCCGUUGCCUAUCCGGACCCUGAAACCCUGCCGCUGGAGGGUCUGGCCGAUUCCUUGAAAGUGGCGCUGGAGCGGGAAGGAAAGGAUCUGGCGCUUUACCCCGUAGCGGCUGGCUUGCCCGCCCUGCGGGAGUGGGUGGCCGAGAAGCUGGCCCGUGACCGCAACAUGAACGUGGGUGUUGACGACAUUGUUUUGACCUCAGGCUCCGGCGAGGCCAUAUCAAUGCUGAUUGCCGCCCUUACCGACCCCGGGGACGUGCUGCUGACCGAAGAGUACGUUUACCUGGGAACCCUCCGCGCUAUGCGUCGCUUCGGCGCCGAUGUUCGCAGCGUCAAGUGCGAUGACGAAGGCUUGAUCCCAGAAGAUCUGGAAAGCACCCUGGCGACAGUGGCUGCCGAGGGCAAGAAGGUGAAGUUCCUCUACACGAUUCCAGCGUUUCAAAACCCGCUGGGCUGGACGAUGAGCCUGGAACGCAGGGUGAAGACUUUGGAAAUAACCGGGAAGUAUGGGGUCCCGGUCCUGGAGGACGACUGCUAUGUCGAUCUCAGGUUUGAGGGCGAAGACGUGACCUCCAUGCAUUCCAUGGACGACUCCGGACGGGUGCUAUAUGUGGGUUCUUUUUCCAAGAUAGUUGCCCCCGGAGUACGUCUUGGAUACAUGGUGGCUCCUCAGGAGGUCAUUCAGCGGGCCAUGAGUUUCAAGGGCGGCGGCGGGGUCAACCAGUUUGCGGCGUUGGCGGUCCAGGAAUUCGCGAAGGACAGCAUGUACUCCCACAUCCAGGAGCAGAACGACUCACUGCGGGUUAAACGGGACGCCAUGCUGGCCGCGCUGGGCGAGAACUUUGGCGACGCAGCCCAGUGGAGCAAACCCGAGGGCGGCCUCUACGUCUGGCUGGAAAUGCCCGAGGACAUAGACCUGGCAGCAUUUCAGGAACAGUCAUUCAAUGAAGGUGUUGGUUACUAUAACGGCACCAUGUUCUCCCCGGAGGGUCGCGGAGCCAACUGUGCUCGCCUGUGCUUUGGCCAUCCCACCGCUGAGACGGUGUCGGAAGGCGUAGCAGAGAUGGCGCGAAUCUUUGAGCGGCAUGGGGUACUGAAGGGAUAA